UUUUAAUCUCCACUUCUAAUCAUGUUUUCGUCAUAGUAAUAUGUGUGUGCUUUUAUUCGAAGAUAAUAAGUUGUUGUGGGAUAAUGAUGGAAUCUUGGACAGAUGAGAAAAUAAACGAACAGAAUUAUGAAAAUAAUUUUUCAAACAUCGUCGUGACUCACGACCUGGAGGAUUGCUUGAUCGACGAAAGCUUCGAUAUGUGCUUCAAUAAAGUGUACGAGCAAUUACCAGUCAUAAAUUACACCAAAUAUUCAGAUGAGAAAGAGAAACCCGAAAAUUCAACGUACAUCGGAAAAUUACAGCAGCAGGAUGGCAACGCGGGAUAUAUCCAUCAUACAAUAUCACCGAAUGAGAUAUACAUGCAUAUCAACCCUGGGGAGUCGGAUGAAAUGCCUGAGGAGCCUUCGCAUGCAACAAUAACAAUACACAGCACAGAUCCAGAUACAAAAGUGACCACAGUGAACAGGUUCCAUUGUGAAUAUGAUGGGUGUUUGCGGACAUAUAGCACAGUUGGCAACCUCAGGACACACAUGAAAACCCAUAAAGGUGAAUACAGGUUUAAAUGUUCAGAACCGAGCUGUGGCAAGGCUUUCCUAACAUCAUACAGCUUAAAGAUCCAUGUCAGAGUGCACACCAAAGUGAAACCCUUUGAGUGCACACAUUCAGGAUGUGAGAAGGCAUUUAACACAUUGUACAGACUCAGAGCUCACGAGAGGCUGCACAAUGGGAAAACUUUCAAUUGUGAGACAGAUGGAUGCAUGAAAUUCUUCACCACACUUAGUGAUCUCAAAAAGCAUAUCCGUACACACACCAGGGAAAGGCCAUACAAGUGUAAUGAAGAUGGAUGUGGGAAAGCUUUCACAGCCAGCCAUCAUCUAAAGACGCAUUUGCGGACGCACAGCGGAGAAAGGCCGUACGCCUGUGCCGAAUCCGACUGCACAAGGGCAUUUUCCACAUCGCACAGUCUGAAAACUCAUGUAAAAUCACAUUUGAAAGUUCAGAGUGGAGAGAAACCGUAUUCAUGCAUUGAAACAGAUUGCACGAAAGCUUAUACUUCUUCGAACGGCUUGAAAACGCAUGUUAAGAGCCACCAAAAGGAUGGUAAAGAUUCCUCGAAUGCUGUUAAGAUCGAAGUUAUUGAACAUGGUGUUACAGAUCAUAUAAGUCAUGAGUUAACUUGGGGUCACGAUAGCAAUGAAUAUCCUGAUGAUUUUACUGGGAAAAAUAUGUACAUAACAAAUGGAAAUUUGGAGAACAAUGUUUAUUACGAUAAUACGCAGUUGAAUAAUAAUUAUCUCCCCAUAAAUAUUGAUCCGCAAUAUGAACAAGUUAAGAGCGAAGUCGUAAUACAGAAUGACCUUUCGACUUGUUUCGAGACUGCGAAUGGAUUGAAGAAUUACGCCACAAUUAGUACGGCCGAACCUGUGGCUACACAAUUAUCGUAUAACAUUGGAACGGAGAGUAUCGAGGAUGGAAAAGAAGGCGAAACCUUGAACAACACGGAAAUGGAAUUAGAAGAGAAUUCGAUAAUAACGGAAAUACAGAACGCCGGCAUCGAUUUGUACGAUGCGAAUCGAUCUAGCGUGAACAACUUCGACGUCGAUCUCUUCAACAGUCCCACCUUCGACGGAGAGAAGAGCCCCAACUUCAAGAUCUUGAGCGUGGAAAAUGUGAAGAGCGCGAAAGAUCCAAGCCUGGAUGAACUCGAGAAGCAAAUCUACAUGCCGGAGGCGCUGGAGAUGUCUCUGGUGUGUGAAGAGGAGACUCCUUCCACCUGGGUGGAUGCCAUGAACUUGCUGAACACCGAUCCCGUAAAUAUCUAUGAACAACUAAACGAAAACCCCAUCGCGCUUCCAACCGCUAUGCAAUCCUACAUAAAUCUAGACACGCCUCAAAGAAAUACCAGCAUCGAAUUAAAAACGCCUAACAGUGACGCAAACCUCCUAAAGAACUUAACCGCCGACGCUGACAUUUGCAAGUGCGUUGACUGCAAAUGCGACCCUUACAAUAACUGCCACGGAUGCAACCAAAGCGCUGCUGACAUUAACGAGAGCAAAUCCUCCUCCUGCUGCAGUGGUGACAAUCAAAAAUCCAGUUGUUGCAGUUCGGAUAAGCCUUCCACCUCCAAAGUGAAUAACCAAAAAUCCAGUUGUUGCGACAGCCAGAAACCUAGUUCGAGCACGGGCUGUUGCGGUGCAGGAAACCAAAGAUCUAACUGUUGCAGUACUCCUGCUGCUGCUACUACCAUCGCCAAUACCACACCUCAACCAUGCAUUGACCAAAGCGAUAUUGAAAAUUACCAUUCGGAUUCGUGCAACAAGAAAGGCGACGACUGCUGCGUUGUCGUGUGUUUGAAGUCUUUAGAACAGAUUAAAGAUAUGUUAACAAAAGCCAAAAGCUGUGGCAGCUUUCAAGCUCUCACCUUGGGAUGCGUGAAAAGCGACCUGUGUGCAAUAAAAAAAUAACCCUAGAAGACGAUCAUAACUUACGUAGCUGCAAAGUGCCUUACAAAUUAAUCGUAUUAUUAUUAUUUUGAAGUAUAACUAUGUUUUUAUCUAAAUCGCCGUUUACGACCAACGUUAAAUUACUUUAAACUGUCGUCGAACGAGAGCUUUUAUUAUUAUUUUAUUAUUAUUCACAAAGUGAACUAACUAAUUUAGGGUAGGAUUAGUGCAAUAGCGAUGUGUUGUCAGUGUCAAACAAAAGAUUAAAACAGUAUUUCAUUAGUAAUAUCGUCGUCGGUGCUACUUAUGUUACGUAAAAAUGCAGUGUGAUAUUUUAUUUAAAGCUUAUAGUUUAUAUAUACAUAUACAACUUAUGUAAAAAAAUAUAUAUUUAGUAGAUGUAUAUUUAAAAGAAGCCAGAUUGUUAUUUUUGUACAGUUUAUAGGGAUGGAAACCAAUUAUAUCAUAUAUAUAUAUACAAUGUGUGAUAGCUACAAGAGAGAAAAAAAAAACAAUUAAACGAGGCCUUCGCGCUUUAUCAUCAAAGCAACUAAUAUUGUUACUUAAUGUUACAUUUUAUUCAUAGAUAUGUACUAGUCAUACGGAUAUCAUAUCAUUAUUAUCUUUAUGUGGACAAUAGAAAACGAUUUUAUAAUGUUGUUAUAUAAAUAAACUAUACAUACAAACAUUA